ACUGGCCAUCAACAAGAUAAGCAACUGUAAUAACGAACCAAUCACAGUUUCACCGGCGCUUCCCAAAUCACAAUCAGAGCAAACUCAGCCUGUUAAGUUUCCACACUCAAUGCCAAGCUUUCUCUCUCAUUGUUGGUCACGAUUCACGCGUGUAAUCCACAGUAUUAGACUCUCUCCCUCCCUACAAUUCCAUGUUCCUCAGACUUGUCAAGAUCCCAACUUCGCUGCAGAUUCCUUCUCGGACCCACCACUAAUUCAUAUCUUUAUGGUUAGGGCCUUGAUAUUCUUGUUAUUCAGUUUAGGACAGCUCAAAAAGGGUGAAACUUGGCUUCUUUUUUUGGUUGUUGAUUUGGAACUAGGUAUGGCAUGCGAGCACCUUGAUAACGACGAAUUCAUCUAGAAGUUUCACAUCCCGAGCUCAAUACUCGAGCAAGACUCAGAGUUCCAAUGCUCGGCUCCAAAGCCCGAACACCCUGUUCUCGUGUUUAUCAGCUCGAAAAGUAGUGGUCAGCUUUCCCAUUUUCAACUGUGUCUGCAUUGUACUUAUGUGUCGCUUGUCACAAUGUUACAGGAAGGUUCUGAUACGUUUCGUGGAGGGUUCUGGAACUACUUCAGCAUGGGAAUGGAUGCUCAGGUUUCUUAUGCAUUCCACACCGAGUGCAAGCUGAACCCGGAAAAAUUCAAAAACCAGCAAGUGAAUCAAAGUACAUAUGCUAAGCUAGUCAGCACACAAGGAUGGUUUUUGCCUUCUCAUUUGAACCAUGCUGCAAGUAUUUCUCAACUUUGUAAGGUUAAGAUCAUGAAAAAGGAUACUGGUUGGCAAGACCUUGAAAUUCCUAAAAGCAUCAGAUCAAUCGUGUGCCUCAAUUUACCCAGCUUUUCCGGAGGACUAAAUCCGUGGGGAACUCCGAAUAGUCAUAAACGUCGUAAUAGAGACUUAACCCCGCCUUUCGUAGAUGAUGGCCUUCUUGAGAUUGUUGGCUUCAGAAACGCUUGGCACGGGCUUGUUUUGCUCGCUCCAAAUGGACACGGGACCCGCCUUGCACAGGCACACCGUGUCAAAUUCGAGUUCCAUAAAGGUUCUGCUAAAGAAACAUACAUGAGAGUCGAUGGAGAACCGUGGAAACAGCCUCUUCCAGAGAACGAUGAGACGGUUGUGGUAGAAAUCUCUCAUCUUCGCCAAGUGAAGAUGCUUGCCACCCAUGAUUGUAGAGCCAGGAGUGCUCUUGGCCCCCCGUCUCCGGUGGUUCUCGACGUCGAUGAAAAGGAUAGUGACAAGGAAGAUGAGGAAGUGAGGAAGAAGUUUGGUGCAGCAGACACUUUCAAGAUCCCAGAAGGGCUUGAUAUCUCCCAUUUCAGUUGAUAAUGUAAUUAUUCUUUGGUGAUUAAUUUGAUAGUUUGUUUCUUCCAAAGCAUCGUAUUAAGACAUACUACUAUUUAUUGGGGCAAUUACAUUAAAGUUUUAGGAGAUGUUGUUUUAUGUGUUAA